AUGGAACGCGCCAUAGCACCAUCGACUGUCUCUCUGCUGCAGAAGCCUCUUGUAGAAGCUGUCGACAUUGCCAAACAACCACUUGUAGACAUAGUCUCUAUCGAUCCCGAAGAUUGCUCAACCCCGGAUGUCUCGCUUACCGGAACACGGUCUUUCAAGGUCGUGGACCUGAAAAAUGAACUGAAAGAGGAAAUAUAUAACAUCAGCCUCCUUGACUGCAUUAUGCCCAAGAUGUAUAUUCCCGUCACAUGCACGUACAGGAUCGAAGAGGGUACCGCCAUUGAGACCCUGAUAAACGAUCUCUGUUCUGGGCUUAAGGGCCUACUGGCGAAUUAUCGCUUUCUUGCUGGAUCGGUUUUCGAGAGAGAUGACCGAACGUCCUUCGUCAAGCGUGGGCUAUCUCAUGCGAGAUUCACCGUUCACAUCGAAGACCACAGGCACAAAGAAUUUCUAUUGUACGAAGAGUUGGCAAAGCGGAACUUUCCUGCAUCGGAGCUUGACGUUCGUAUGCUCCCGCCAGGCUUUGAGCCGAGUCCGAGAACUACACCAGGGAAGGGCAACCCAGCGAUGAUGGUGCAGUUCAAUUUUAUCAAAGGAGGCCUGGUCAUUGGCGCGGUAUUCCACCACCUCCUGGUCGACGCGAAAGGCCUAGAUGCCGUGAUGGCACACUGGGCCGCGCAUACCCGCUCGCUGAGGCAGGGUACCUCGCCUCCACCGUUCAAUACAUCCGGCCUCACUAUCAGCGCUUUGAACUCGGUCAGGGGGGACGUUUUUGACGAGACCAGUCAACCGAUCGCCUCACUGAAAUAUGCACCAAACGCGCCUCCGACAUCAGACGUCCCGCCCUCAGCAAUGGCCCAGCACAUCUGGCAUAUCCCCGCCAGCAAGCUCGCCGCCCUCAAAGCGUCAGCGGCGCCGACGGCUCCCGGUGAAGCCUGGGUCUCCACAAACGACUGCAUCACAGCGCUCAUGUGGCGAGCCAUCACACGGGCCCGCCUCGCAGCGCACGGGAUCGCCGACCCGACGACAGACACCCGGCCCGUGGCACUGGAGAACUCCCUGGACGUGCGAAAGUCAAUCCCAGGCGGCGUUUCCAAGGCGUACCCGGGUAAUGUGGUCAUGUUCUCCAAAGCCCUCAUGCCGCUUAACGAGCUCGUGAGCGCCGACACCUUCCGCGCCGUCGCGGUAUGCGUGCGCGAGACGAUCGACGAGUACCGCGCCUGGCCCCUUGUUCAGCGUGCCAUCAAGUGGAUUGCAUCUGUGCCGUGCGGCUCUGAUGUCGUCAUGGACGUCGACGUCGUCAUGGGCUUGGAUGUGGUCGUCACGAGCUGGCGGGUCCUGCGCGCUUACGAGACGUGGGAUUUUGGGUCCGGGCCGCUGGCGGCGCUUAGGUGGGCCACCCCUGUCUUUGAUGGGUUUGGUUUCCUUUAUCCCACCCGGCCUGGUGCAAGCGAUGAUGAGGGGGUGGAGAUUUAUUUGGGGCUAGAGAAGGGAUGUAUGGAGAGACUACUGAUGGAUGAGGAACUGUCCACUUGGGUUGAGAUCCGAGACUAA